UUUUACAUCCACUUUCAUCAGUUCACUGUCAGACAGCUGCUUUUUAGAGGCAUUUCGUAUCGCGUGAAGCUCCACGACAUGAAGUGAUAAAGUCCCCCUAAUUAUUUACGCACAGAUGUUGUUAUUUGCACCAUUGCAACUAAUUGCAAUACAAAGAGAUUCUCUCGCGCUGGCGUGUAACGUGAUGCAGUAGUUUCCGUAAAUGGUCUUUACUCGAUGGCGACAGUUCGGUGGUACUGAGCCGCAUGAGGUCCAGCUCGUGCUCCUCAGCAGGAACAGUUUACUUCACAAACCACUUGACAGCCAUCUAUUUGAGUAGUUUUUACUUUUUGUUCAGUGGCGGGACUGUAAAAAUCUAAUUUCCAUGCGCCUGACUUUCGCGGAUACUGCAUUUUCUCCAGAAGAAUGACUUCAGUGUGGAAAAGAUUACAAAGAGUUGGCAAAAAGGCCACUAAAUUUCAGUUCGUGGCUUCGUAUCAAGAACUUGUUCUGGAAUGCACAAAGAAAUGGCAACCAGACAAACUGAGAGUGGUGUGGACACGGAGGAACAGACGCAUUUGCUCAAAGCUUCAUGCAUGGCAGCCAGGCAUCAAAAACCCCUACAGGGGAAUGGUGGUAUGGCCCGUACCUGAGAACGUGGACAUUACCGUCACUCUCUACAGGGACCCACAUGCGGAUGAGUUUGAAGAUAAAGAGUGGACAUUUUUCAUUGAGAAUGAGACAGCGAAGGGCAGUCGCAAAGUUCUGGCGUCUGUGGACUUGAACAUAAAGAAGUUUGCCAGUGCCACACACUCACAGACGGACCUGACGCUCAAAAUGAAGCCUUUGUCAGUUAAGGUGGUAGAGGCCACGCUGAAGCUCUCCUUAUCCUGUGUGUUCCUCAAGGAGGGGAAAGCGACAGAUGAGGACAUGCAGAGUCUCGCCAGUCUGAUGAGUGUAAAGCCAACAGACAUCGGGAACCUAAAUGACUUUAAUGAGAGUGAUGAAGAAGAGGAUAAAAGAUCUAGUACCGGUGUUCAUCUCAGUACUGCAGCUCCAGCACCCCACCUUCCUCUUCGACCAACACACUCCCAAGAAAAGAGACCUGCAUCUCUUAAGAGUCCUUCAGCAAUAGUCAGUGGUAAAGAGAGACCUUCUGGGGGUGUCCUCUCACGCCCAGUGUCUGGCAGUGUUCAUAACCCUAACCUGACAUCACGUCCACCUUUACCCACCCCACCCAGUCCAACCCCUCGCACCAUGCCCUCACCCGCCUGCUCCAGACCACCACGUCCACCACCCAUUGCCCAGCCACAGGCCCCAGCUGACUCCCACACAGAGCAAAAUACUUCUGGUUUGCUCCCUCCAGCACUGCCGAAAAUCUUCCAGCCUUCCCCUGGCUCAGCUCCUGUAUCCUUUCAAAGAAGACUGUCGGGCUCUGAGGCCCCUCUGGAGGGUCCCGUGACCUCUGACUAUCCUCUGCUCAAUCUCCCUCGGGCUUCUCCUUCUGAUCCCUUCCUCUCUCACUCUCCUUCUUCACCCACUAUGCCCCUGAAAGCAGCUGUCUCUUCCUCUACCCCUUCUCUGGCACUGUCAACCACUGAUGCCCGCACAACUGCCCCCUGCUGUUCAUCUCAAUCUUCUUCUGCCCGUUCAGAGAUACCCAGGGAGCUCAACUCACUUACAGAUGAGGAUCGGACAAAUCCGUUUCUACAAGACUUACUGGCUGAAGAAACGAAGAACUCAGAGCCCAAAACAGACCAGUGUAGCUCAUCUCGGGCUAUAUGCAGCAUUAACAUUGCUACUAAACAAUCUCCUUCCUCGCUCCGUCAACCUGAAACCAUCAGCACUGAAAGAAGAGACCUCAAACCUGCCAUGGCUGUAAAAAGUCUUGGGCCUGUUGGGAAGUCAUCAUUGGACACUUUUGGAGAACCGCCUGUGGAAGCUUCCAGAUCUGAGGAACUGGACAUUGGAACUGUCCCUUCUCUAGACCCAUAUUCAGCUCCCGCAACAACACCACCUCCCUCAUCAGUGGUUUCCACUCAAUUGGAGAAAAAUCUAGUUUUUAUAGCAGAGAAACCACCUUUGGCUGAGGAAGAACCAGAUUUUAAAGUGGCCGAUUUCGAUAAAAGUAUCAUAGCUUAUCAACCCGUUAAAAUUGUUACUAUUGGCAAAUGCCCUGAGAAAGAACCACUCAAAAUUGACAUUGAACAGCCAGUGCAGGUCAGUCUGGUUCAGACCUUUUCAGUAACUGAUGGUGACUUAAUAAAGCAACCAGAAAACAAAAAAAUUGAAUCAGCAGGGGAAGUUUCUCCAAAAGAGGAACCGAAUGUGCAGAAUGCAAAGGGUGCUUUGCUUUGUGGUAACCUCAACAAGUCAGACGAAGACAAGAUAAUAAAGAAAUUUGCCUCAGCUUUGGUUAUCCCUACAGAACACAAUAUCCCCAAUAUUAUAUGCAGCUCAUCACUUCUAAAACAAGAACCUACAGAUCUUCCCAGGGAAAAAAGUCAAGUGUGUGUGGAAAAAGUCCCUGCAUCUAAGCCCAACAGUAGUUUGAGAGAGAAGCAGUCCCAUAAGAAUAAUCUGGACAAGGGUUUAACAGUUGUGAAAAGUCAAAAUGAAAUGGCCGUAACUCCACCAGAAAGGCCUAGCGUUAGCCUCAAACCAGCUUCCCCUCAAAUAUCAGAUCUGCCCAAAGUGCUUCCUUUGAUUCAUCCCAAAUCCCUGGAGCCCAAAGUCCUUAAAUGCAUCUCAGAACAACCUCCAGCAGUCAGUCAAUCACCAAAACCAAAGCUGACUCCGAAGAGUGUGGAGGUCCAUUCACUUGCCCAAGCAGAAGUGCCAACAUUGAGUUCUCUGAAGGAGAAAGUAAAAGAUCAGGGGGAUGAAGCAAGGGAUGAGACAACAAAUAAGCACAAAAUACCUGACAAGAUGCCAAAAGAAGAAAACAAAGCUGAAAUGUCCUCCAAAAAAUCUUUAGAAGCAGGUGAAGAAAAAGCCGUUAUCCAGGUCCUGGAUGCUGUGAUUCCCAGUUUAAAUGAACCAGAUUCCCAACACCGGAUACCCUCCAUUGUCCUUAAACCACAUCCAGCUCAGACUAUUGAGAAGAAAAAAGAAGCUGUUAAAGUUAGUAUACCGGUCCGUAUGAGGCCUCUACUUCCUGUGAUCUCCCCUGCUAUUGGUGUAACAGAAAAGGACAAAAGUACAUCAGUGCAUCUGGAGGAAAUUUGCCCUCUAUUGCCUAACAUGUCUCUGGAUACAGAGUCUGAUGGAAAUGGUUUAGGGGAAAAUGUCACAUUUGAGGAAGAGAGUGUGUUAUGGGCUGCAGUAGAGGAGAAAACAAAAGAAAAAAGGGAUGAAGUUGUUAUUGUGAGCAAGUUGAUUCCAGAAAAAGAGGUCCUGGAUAGGGGCCAACGUGGACAAAAAACAUCAGAAACCAAGCUUAAGGAGCAAGAGAAUUCCUUUACAUUGUCCCAUUCCCACCACAAACUAGAUUCAGAUGAUAAGAUGCCACAAACUGGCAGUGAGACUAUUUGGGCUACUCAAGCUGGACCUAAAGAAGAUCUGCCGACUCUUAGUUUCUGUUCAGGAACUGGACUUGGUCUUGAGCUUGAUGUAGGAACAGACAGAAAUGUGGACACCUGCAUACAGGAACAUGACUCAGUUUCUGACCAGGAAGAAGAAUCUGUAGGCAUCAUACGGGGGAUUUUUGGUGUUCUGUAUAAAGGUUAUGAGACCAUGACAUCAAUACUACAGCAGCCAAGCACAACAGAAACCAAUGUUAAAGAUGACACGAUUUUGGAUGGUCAAGAUGGAUCUGUGGUCCAAAUUCUCCCUUCUGAGGCCUUCUUUGACACCAAAAUUGAGCAUCCAAGCAACGAUGAGCUCCAGGAAUCAGUAAUCCAGGAUUUGUUACCUUCUGGCGAGGCCUCCGAGCCCGUGGCCAUGAGCUUAGUGGAGUGUUUGAAACUGGCUGCCAGAGAAACACAAAGCAGAUCUAUGAACUUCAAGACCCAGGAUAAAGGAAGCCCUUCUAAACAAAAAACAGCAAGUGAGAAAACCCAAAUACUGACACCAAUUGGAAAUGACAAAUACAUGAAGGGGGAAUUGAAGUCUGAGAGUGUGAUAUUAAAUGAGGAGAAGAAUAAAGAGCCAUGCUUACCUCUGGUGGAAGAAGAAGACAUAACCACUAAGAAAGAUGUGCACAACCUCAGCUAUGUGGAAACAGAUCAUCUUUUGACAGAGGUAGACUUUGAGAAAAAAAAAUUACACAAAAGCCCACAAAGAAAUGGACAUAAAGAAGUUAUGCCUGGCAAGAUUACAGCAGCAGAUUUAAGGCCAAUGGCGGAGUCGGAGGGUUCACAGGAGGAGCUGGAAUUUGAACUAGGUCAGGAAGACUUAGGAACAGUGUGGUCUGCUGAGCUAUAUAUGGAUGGAGGACCAGACGAAUCCUCAAUAUCCCCAAUAGUUAUACAAACAUUAAAAUCACCUCUGACUGCCUCUCCACCAGAAUCUGGACCUAUAUUAAAAGACACUACACCAACGGAAACUAUUUCCCAACCUGCUAGCAAAGUUUUCCCUCUGUGUCAAGACAAGAGUAUGCAGUCACCACCCCCAGUGCCCUUACAGGAAGUCAGCCCUGAUGCCAUCAAUCAAAAUAGGAGCUCUGCAGCUGCUAAAAGACAUGUGGUUCCACAAUGUGAUGAACAAGGAACCACUCCUUCACAUGUAACUAUAGAGACAGCAGUUGCAAAGACUGUUGAGAUAUGCAAAGAUGUUGCAAAAGAGACAAGUGAGAAUAUCUUGUCACCACUAGAGGGAGACAAUACCAAAAACAUGUCUAUAAACAACACCCCUAAAGAUGAGAUGGACAAAGAGAGCAUCCGAGUCAUCACCAAGGCAUCAGAAAUCAUUAUUGUAGCAGCUUCAGAAAAACUAAAAGACAUACACGGUAAUGAGAACAUUGUUUCCGGAAGGGACGUAUCAACUCCUCCCAUGCUACAAAAAUCCAGCAUGAAACUGCCCAUGGAUGACAUUCAACCGAAUUUAGAUCAGACAGAGAUUACAAAAACACUCAGACCUCCACUGUCAGUGAUUUCCCCAGAGCAGAUAGAUAAGAAGAUUGACAUCAGUCAGUCUCAGACUCCCUCUGUGCCACUGGAGAGCUUUAAAUUAGAUGAUAGCCACAGAGAAGCCAAUGCUCGAAAUUAUGUUUUAGAUGAUAAUGUCCGGUUAAACAAGCAAGAACAAAACAUCCAGCUGGAAUGUAUGGCAGCUGAAAGGGAGUGCCAAGAUACACCAGCUGUUAAGCCCACAAACCAGACAGAGAACACAGAAACAGAAGCUGAAAAUAAGAAGGAAGAACCAGAAUUUAGUAUUGAUAGAAGUGAAGAGGCUCAAAUAGAGCAGAAUAAACCACCAUCUCCAGUGCCUGAUGAAUUGUCUAGUCAUCCUCAGGAAAAGGGGUCCUCUAAGGCUAAAGGGAGCGAGACGGCAUCUAGGAGCCCAGGUAGCAUGCAGGUUAACGGCCAGACCACUGCAGACACAUCCCAUGAGAUUCUGCCUCCAAUGCUCAGUAAAAAGAAAAUAAUUCCACAACCAAUGGACCUUGCAAUAGUAAAAACAGGUUCAGCAGUGCCACCAUGUGAUUUUGCCAGUCCACUUCUCAGUCCUGGUUUGGUGACCUCCAGUCAAUCCUUGCUGGAGUGGUGUAAAGAGAUCACUAAAAACUAUAAUGGAGUAAAUAUCACAAACUUCAGCACCUCUUGGCGUAACGGCCUGGCGUUCUGUGCCAUCUUACAUCACUUCCACCCUGAGAUAAUUGAAUUUGAUGCAUUGGAGUCUCACAACAUAAAGCAAAACAACAAAGCUGCUUUUGAUGGCUUUGCAUCACUGGGAAUCUCUCGUCUGCUGGAGCCCUCAGACAUGGUGCUUCUCUCUGUGCCAGAUCGUUUGAUUGUCAUGACGUACCUGUGCCAAAUCCGUGCACACUUCACCGGGCAGGAGCUGAGUGUGUUACAGAUAGAGCAGAACAACAGUCAGUCCAGCUAUGCAGUAGCCAGGCCAAACCAAGGGCCGGAUGUACAAGCAGCAGCCAAAUUCUGUGCAGAGAUGCUCCAUACUGGAGCUCUGCCAGGAGAGAGUAAGAGCAAGGACUCACUGGGAGAGGAGGGAAGUGACACUGUGGCUAAGCCAAACAGAGGUCUAGUUCCUCCACCUCGGACUAAACGGUCAGGAAAGGUGGAAGAGAAGGGCGGUAAGGAGACAGAGGGAGGCACGCAGGCUCCUGUGGCCCCACCACGAUCGAACUCAACAACUUCUAGAUCAGGAUUCGGGCACAUACGAGAUGCAGAUCUGGUGAAGAAACGGCGGUCACGACUAAAGAGCGAAUCCAUGGAUGAGACUGAUUCAAAGGAGCAGCCAGAUGAGUCAGAUAAAGUCGAACUGACAGCUGAAGGAACUAAUGACUCAAUGACUGAAACUGAACCUCAGGAAGCAAAACAAGAUGUUAAAUCAGCAGAGAAUGUGACAAUGUGUUUGCAGGACACCAAUCAGUAUGUGUUGAGUGAACUUCAGGCCCUGGAAACCGAACAGAAGCACAUAGACAGCAGAGCUGCAGUCAUGGAGAAAACACUUAGAAAGCUCAUGGAGACAGGAAGUGAUAAAGAUGAAGAAGAGGAGCUGAUUCAGGAAUGGUUCACGCUGGUCAACAAGAAGAAUGCUCUGAUCAGGAGACAGGACCAUCUUGAGCUGCUGCAAGAAGAGCAGGAUUUAGAAAGAAGAUUUGAGCUGCUGACCCGAGAGCUCAGAGCCAUGAUGGCUGUUGAAGACUGGCAGAAAACUCAGUCCCAUCAGCACAGAGAACAGCUACUGCUUCAGGAACUGGUGUCCCUGGUCAACAAGCGGGACGAGCUAGUCAGAGACAUGGAUGCAAAAGAGAGAGGGGCUUUGGAGGAGGAUGAGAGACUGGAGAGAGGCCUGGAGGCAAGACGGAGAAAACAAAGCAAUAAGGAAAAGUGUGUUCUUCAAUGAAGAAACUUGAAUUCUCAUGAAAACUAUGGCUCACUGCACCAGAGACAAUCUAAAUGAUUUGGACUACAUUAGUGUGCCUUCUCUUAACUUUUAGAGACAUUUGGCUUAAAUGUGAAGCCCUUCCUCAAAACAUCUUAAGUGGGACAUAAAAUAAUCUACACAAAGUGGGAUAUAAUGUCCAGUAUAGAUCAGACAAGUUAUUCCCUCAGAGUUUGCACAACAUUGUGAAGGUUCUUCGAGGUUGCACCAGUUAAGUAUUUUAAGCAAUAUAACUUUAAAUCUGAAAAUCUGAAAGAAGGCCAAACAGCCUUCACACACCUGCAUGGUUGCAGACAGUUGAACUGAACACAAGAAAUAAAAAGAAGAAGAAAAGGGGGGGAAAUUCUGCACACUGCUGUAGGUUGCAGACUUCUGUCAUACAACCUUAGCAGGGAUAUUUUUUUCCUGAAGCAAAUAAAACAUUGCUGUAUAAAAAAUAUAUUUCUUACAAGCUGCAGCAGUGAGCAGGGUUUUCUCUCCUUUGUUUUUUUUGGCAGGGAUGGGUGGGGUAAUGUUUAAGAUUAAGACAAAGAGACCUGUGCCAAAGUUUGCUGUUUUUACAUUAUUUAUUUACGUGUGUUGUUCCCUGGUAUGCCAAAAUGUUUUAUCAGACAAUAUAUGCCCCCAAAUGAAUGUAUUCAUAAAAUAAAAUUAUUUUGCAUUGCAGUGCCUUUAGAGGUUAAAUACCUUUUGAAAAGGAGCUUUUUAUAUCAAAUAAAACCAUUCUGUAUCUUUGUGUUUUAAACCUUGAAAGCUAACUCAAAAUGAAAAACAUUUAGGGGUUGUUUUAUAGAUAUACAAAAAGUAUUUUGUCUGUUUGUACUCUUUUUGAUAAUUAAAUGUGUAAUUCAUUCCUAUUUUAAGAUUUAGGGUGUGUUACUCAAUAAAGUUUGAUGCUGUUUGAAUUUUAA